UGGACGCGUGUAGAUCGCUCACGUCUAACUUCUUCGUGACGCUACGAGUACAAAAACUUGUUUUAUAAAAUAACGUUAUCUAAUUUUUGAUAUUCGUAUUAUGAAAUUGAGUAUAAUUUCAUUGGAAUAAAGUGACCGUUUGUUUUACAGACAUUGUGAUUGUUUAUUUUUUGUGAAACUGCAACGUGUUUGGUUCAACGGACUACAGAGGAGUGUUAUCGGCAAUGUCUUCGGACUUGUAAAAUAAAAGACUUAUUGUUGGUGUUGUGUCAGUGAAAGUAACUGAAAAUGUAUCAAUCUAAAGUUCGGACUAUGGGUGCUUUAGCAGUCGUUGUUCGGUGGUUCUUGUACCUGGUCAUUGGACUGGGGUGGCAGGUUCAAUCCCAGACGGUACAGACAACAGUUGUGGACAAUUCCUACAACCUUUACUAUGAACAACCAUGCUGUUCCGGACCUGUUACUAAGAAUAAAUAUCAUAUGAGACAUAGACGAGAUCAUGUUCGAGAGUUUUCGUGUGGCACGCUUUACUACAGAACGUUCUUUGUGGACUCCAAGAGAGAUGCUCUCUACGUCGGUGCUAUGGACCGAUUGUACCGGCUCAAUAUGAACAAUAUUAGCGCAUCGCAUUGUGAGAGAGAUUCUAUAAACUUGGAGCCGAGCAACGUAGCGCAAUGCGUUUCAAAGGGCAAAUCGGAGCAUUUCGACUGCCGCAACCACAUCCGCGUGAUUCAACCAAUGGGUGACGGCGGCCGUUUGUACGUGUGCGGCACCAACGCGCACAGCCCCAAAGACUGGGUUUUAUAUUCUAACCUGACGCACCUGCCCCGACACGAGUACGUGCCAGGAAUCGGCAUGGGUGUCGCGAAGUGCCCAUACGACCCGGCGGAUAACUCGACAGCAUUGUGGGUCGAAAGGGGAAACCCAGGCAGUCUCCCAGCUCUUUAUUCCGGCACCAAUGCAGAAUUCACCAAAGCGGACACAGUCAUCUUUAGAACUGACCUGCACAACUUGACUACUGGACGUAGGGAAUUCUCUUUCAAAAGAACACUGAAGUACGACUCUAAGUGGCUCGACAAACCAAACUUCGUUGGAUCCUUCGACGUUGGAGAAUACGUGUUAUUCUUCUUCCGGGAGACGGCUGUGGAAUACAUCAACUGCGGCAAGGCGGUGUACUCCAGGGUCGCCAGGGUGUGCAAGAGGGACACCGGGGGGAAGAACAUCCUUAGCCAGAACUGGGCCACGUACCUGAAGGCCAGGCUUAACUGCAGCAUCCCAGGGGAGUUCCCCUUCUACUUCAAUGAGAUACAGAGCAUCUACAAAGUCCCUGGUGACGACAGCCGCUUUUACGGGGUCUUUACCACCGCUUCCACCGGACUCAUGGGGUCUGCGAUCUGCACUUUCACCAUCGGAGACAUCCAGAAGGCUUUCGAGGGGAAAUUCAAGGACCAGGCUACUUCCAGCUCCGCCUGGCUACCCGUCAUCAGCAGCCGAGUCCCGGAACCAAGACCUGGGACGUGUGUUAAUGAUACGGCGUCAUUGCCCGAUACUGUCCUCAAUUUCAUAAGGUCUCACCCCCUAAUGGACAGCGCGGUUUCCCAUGAAAAUGAGAAGCCGAUCUACUACAAACGGGACCUUUUCUUCACGAGGCUGGUGGUAGACCGGGUGAAGGUGGAAAUGCAGGGUCACCAGCUUGACUACACCGUGUACUACGCUGGCACAAAUGAGGGUAAAAUCCACAAGAUAGUGCAAUGGAAUCGGAAUGGUGACAGUCAAUCAGCUCUCCUCGAUAUUUUCGAUGUGACACCAGGAGAGCCAAUUCAGGCAAUGGCCAUAUCCCGCGCCCAUGGUUCCUUAUACGCCGCAUCAGAUAGAAGGGUGCUCCAGCUGCGCCUGGCGUUGUGUGCCAGGAGAUACGACGCCUGUGUCCGAUGCGCCCGGGACCCCUACUGCGGGUGGGACAGGGAAGCUGGAGUCUGCAGGGAGUACAUGCCUGGGCUUAUCCAAGACGUGGUGAACGAGACCGUGGACAUAUGCGACUCUUCCAUCGCCCGGAAGACAGUCUCCGCCACGUGGGGGCAGAGCCUUCACCUCGGGAGCUUCGUUAAGAUGCCGGAGGUGCUGCACCCCAGGGCUGUCACGUGGUACCACUACUCCAGGGACAAGGGGAAACAUCCCAUCACUUUCAAUAAGCCAGAGAAAUACAUCGAAACGUCGGAACAUGGACUCCUAAUAAUAUCUGUGAACGAAGGAGACGCGGGGAGAUAUGAUUGCUUCCUGGGGGGAUCCUUGCUAUGUUCCUACAAUAUUACCGUCGACACUCAUAGAUGUACGCCUCCAGAGAAAAGUAAUGAAUAUCAGAAGAUUUACUCCAAUUGGUGCCACGAAUUCGAAAAGUAUAAAAGCGCAAUGAAGACAUGGGAGAGGAAGCAAGAGCAAUGUUCGAGGCAGAAUGAUUCAAAUCAGAAUUCGCAUCCGAACGAGAUCGUGUGAUAGCUUCUAAACAUCGCCUAUCUCAUGUUUCAGUCGGUUAACUAUUACGCCGGGGUUAUUCCGAUACCGUACGUAUCGGCUGGCCUCAAGUAUUUCAACAUAUUCUCGUGAGAUUCCGUCAAGAACCAUCCGCUCCAAACUCAGUGAUGUAGCGACUCCAUAGUAUGACAAGCUCAAGAUAUAGUGUACCUAAGUGACUCCCUCUAGCGUAAAAAAAUAAGUGUAGUGACAAAAUGACUGCAACAGUGCAUCGUUCCAAAUACAUCGGGACAUGAGAAGGUGAUUAUUAGACACUCAAAAAUUUUAUGGACAUUUUAUUGAAUUUUAAUGGAAGAAAAUAUGAGCGUUGUGCGUUGCUUGUUGGAUAUGGAUUGUAAAGAGUAGAAAUCGUGAUUUUUCAAAUUGUAAGUACGCUUUGUUCGUUGGUUAAGGAAAUAGGAAAUUGUUAGAUUUAUUGAAUGGAAUAAAUUUUUAUAACGAGAUUAAUGGAAGCAUUCAAUGUGACGAUGCUUUGAAAUAUUUACAAUUUGAUGUAUGGCGAGUAUUAUUAACAUUUGGUAUUGCAUUUAUUUGUCCUUAUUAAAUAAUAAGUUAUUUUUUGUUUGUAGUUAAUGGUUCGAAAAUGUUCUUGAUAUUGAUAGACUUGUUCGAAGGAUCAAGAAGUUUCGCGUGUAGUUGAACACUAAUGAGUCUAUAGAUACGUAUUGCCGUGUUGCCAUACCGCGGCCGUAAUUUGAAAUCUCCGAGGGUUGUGGGAGGGUUCGCCUCAUUAUUUUUCCCCUAUUUGUGUAAAUAGUUACCUAAUUUUGUUUCAACUGUACCUAUUGUAAGUGUACGUAUAGGAUGCACGUCCCUAAUGGUAAAAUAUAAUUUAAGCCUGUGAUAUAUAAGAAACUCGUUUAGAAAAAUUAAGUCCCGAAGUUCUUUUACCAAGAAAUUGUACUGAAGACUUUUUAUACUGUAAACUGCACCUUGCCGUUUUAAUAGUAAUGUGACUCUUGCCAUUAAAAUACUAAAGUAAUUAGUGUACUCAUUCCUAGCUGUUCUUAUUACCGUUGUAGAAUUAAAAAAAUAUUAAUUGUCAUGUUAUGUACUGAAAAUGGCAAUGAAAUUUGCAUAAAACCGAAGUGAUAACUCAUGGGAUAAAAUUUACCGCAUCUUAAAUUUCAUACGUGGUUUAAUUGGAAGAAUUGUAGAAAUUCUGGGAUGAAAAAUGUUACAUGGAAUAUAUUAAUAAUUUCUUUUUUUAUUUUUGACUAAUGGUGACAGAAUACAACUCGCAGUUGCAUUAAUAUUGAAGAAUUUACUCAAUAACUUGUUCUUGAUUAACAAAAGCAUUGAAUUAAUUUAACUUCAGAACUAGAAGAGUCAAGAAAAUCUCAACAUAUUCACUAGCUGAAUGUAGACAGUGUAAUAGACAUCUCUGCAUAUUUUUGUACAAAUAAUAUCAUUUUAGUAGGAUGAUAGGAAUUAAUCAAACUUUUCACGUAUCAUUCGAAUAGAUUCUUGGGAAUUUUAUUAAAUUUCAUAUCAUGUCAUUGUACCUAAAUGCUUGUAUAUACAUUAUUGUAUCAGCCAUCUGAUCCCAUGAUCCCUAUUUAUACGUAGCGAUUGAAUACAAAUUUGAAAUCAAUUUUUUAUAAAAGAUAAUAUUUUUACUAAGGAUGUAUUGAAUUUCCAUAUUUGACAUGUUUUACUGUAAGUGCAUAUUGAUGAACCAGUUUUAUUAAUGAAUACUUUAUGAAGGUUUUCACGCAAUGAAAAAAAAAAUUUUGUCCAUACAUUAUGUAAUAAAUGAAACAUAAAAUAAAAAACUGUGACAUUGAAAAAUUCUAAUCUUCUUUUUACUGAUAUGUAUGUAUCAUAAUACCUCCACCCAUAACACCAAAACCGUAAUUUGUUAUUGCAAAUAGGUGCUUCUAACUUUUCUUUCCGCAAAUAGAUAUAUUUUUCAGACUUCUUUCAUAUCAUUAUGUAAAUACAAAAUCGAAAUAGAUAUAAACGUAAGAAUAUCUGAGCUUCAUCGUUUAUUGUGUAAGCUAAGAUUCGGUACUUAAGAAUUUAGCAUAAUAAAAUAAGGAUUUCCCUUAUCUCGGGAUGAUCUUGCGCAAUAAUUAUAUAACUAAUUAUUAUGUCUGUACUAAUCGAAUAGCUCUGUAAAUUUCACAUGUUACUAUACUGUAAUAAGUUAAAUUCAG